AUGGGCAACUUUUCAACUUCUUGUCAAAAAUCAGCGACUGAUGGGGAUGAUAUUCCACAAUGGCUCAGUUUGCUGAUUGUGUUAUCCGUAAGUUCAUCGGUUUUCCUCGGGUUAGCGAUAAACUGUAAUCCAUAUCUGACCAGUGAAACUGGUUACGCCGACGGAGGGGAUAUGUAUUCACACCAGAUAGAAAUCCUCUACCUGAAGGAAAUACUACAAAGUGGAGCGACGGAUUUUUGGUUCGACGAAGUCACGUUAGGUUACCCGUUAUUCCUCGCGUAUAGCCCAUUUCCGUGUUUAGUUACAUCCAUCACGAUGAUCCUCACAGAAUCGUAAGUAGCUACUACUUUCCAUCCUUUCCGGAUCAAAACUUUAAGGUAAUCGGCAACUUGGGGUGUAUUUGAACCAUGAAUAGUGGAGGUGAUUUGUUAGAGGAGAAAACAAAUAUCAAAUGGAAAGAAACAUUGCUACAGGUUGAGUUUGGGACUCCAUGAUAGAGCAUAACCUCAUCUGUUUGUGUUGGCACAUAAUGACUGAAUAAUAACACAGUGGAAUUUUUCUGUAGGUCAGAAACUUCAAAAUGAUUCUCUAAAGCAUGAGAAGCUAUCCCAUUCGAGACAAUGUUUUUUCUGUCUGUCUGUUUGUCUGUCAGACAUUAACUAUUUAUUAAAAUAAAAUAAAAAAACACACGCACAAUGUCACAGUCUCAGUGAACAAGUUGUCCUAUUGUGUCUCCCUGAGUAACUGCCUUCAGUUUAUCUUGUGCAGAGUGAAAAACAUUCCAGUUGCUUUAAAACUGGAAAAACGUGGUUUAAAUUUAGUUAUAAUAUUGAACUUUAUGAUGGAUUCGAUCCAGUUGUAUUGUCUUCCACUCGUUGAGGCAAAAUUUAGCAAAUGUUUUUGAAGAAGCAAGCGAGAAUCUUAGAUUGAGUUCAAGUUUUGCCGAACUCUCGAUAAAGAUUUUAAUAUACGAUGGAAUUUAAAUUUUCCAAGGCGAAAUAAUUGUCACGUAGGUUCAGUAAAAGUUCGUAAUCGCAAGAAAUUCGUGCAUGAACUUGAGUGAACGAAGGAAACGAGUUUACGACAGCCAAACCCGUGGAGUUCGAAACCAUGAUAGCCAAAUGUUUAAGAGAACUGAAACAUGUUAGAAGGGACUUUUCAGAAGAAAAAUGGGAAGACUUGAAGAUCUGACACACUUUUAACAAGAUUCGAGUGCCAGAUGGACUAAAAUAGAAUGUGUCAUCUCAAAAAUAGAUGAUAUUGACCAUUUGAAUGUUAAAGUGAAGAGGAAGAGGUUCAGCUAUGAAGGGUUUGAUAACCUUCAUGAUCACGAACGAACAUUGAGAGUAUUCGGACUUUGAACUUUUGCAGAGAUCUCACUUCCGAAAUUUCAAAAUCCUAGGUGUCCCUGAGCAGGAAGAUGGUAGACUGCACAGCCAUGUGUUAAUAUCUUUGUUUCUUAGUUUCGAUUACACCUUGGGUAAAAGAAAAGACCAGGGAAAAAAGAGGAAAAAAGGGCCUCGUUUGCCGAAAUAAGCUUGAGUAAAGACUUCACCCUUAUGUAUUGAUCUUCGCGAAAACACUCCAACGCUGGUGUGAAUAAAUUUUCGACGAAGGAAGAAGAUUCUGAUUAACAGAGGGAAAACUAUUUGUCGAUGGUAACGCAGUUCCUGUGAAACAGACCUUAUAAUUUUUCUCGAUAGUGUUAAAUUUACUCGAACAUAUUUGUUUUCCCACGGAGAGAAAGCAACUCAAUGGAAAACAACAAUAGUUGGUUUAUUCAUGCUCAGAAUACGUGUGCGAUGUCACACGGGCGCAAUUUCUAGAGUGAGAAAAACUGUCUAUAUAUAUACAUAUAUAUAUAUAUAUAUAUAUAUAAAUAUAACAGUAUCUGUUAUCAAUGCACUAUUCUUGAUUAAACCUUGAACGUAUUAUACAACCUUUUAACUUCCAAGAGUUAUUUGUCGUGGCAACCCUUUGGCCCAAAUUUGGCGAUUUUUCAGGUUGACCAGAUCAUAUGUAACCAAAUUUAUUCUACCAAAGGUAAUUUUUCUUUUUUUUAUCUCUGAAUCUUCUUUGCAAUACCAACAAAGAAACAAGCAAACAUUAAAUCUUCAUUACUCGCAAAAGGUAUUUAGUGAAAUAAUAAGAAAAGCAGGUAAUUUCUAAGAAAAUAGUUUGAUCGCUGCUGGAGCCCAGUGGACAGAUGAGUCGUGAGGUUCUCGAACUAGUAACCCCUUACCAUUUAGAGCGAGUUCUUUAUUACUAUAAAAAGAGUAACAAGAGAGAAAGAAACCAGACUCAUCAGAUAUACAGCAUUUCUCUGACGUAAGACAGAUACUAGGAUUUCUAUUCAAGUUACUUACGGUGUUGUUCUGACAUGAAUAACGUUUAACUUCAAUGGUAAAAGAAAAUAUAUUUAGGCUUUCCAAAUAAUACGAAAUUUCUUUCCUAGAGAUCCAUUGUCUGACAUGAAAGCAUUUUUUCUCAUGUUGAUUCAAGAAUUUUGAGGAUGAGGGUUGCAUAAAUUUUGCUAUGACGCAUGCAUUGUGUUGUAUUUAGCUAAAGGCAUAAUGAAAGAUGUUAUCAAAUACACUUAGCACAAGCUCUUUCUGCCAUCACAUAAACGCGCACACUUUAGAGUGUGGAAACGAUAAAUAUUCUGUUAGGAUUACUAAAAGAUUUAAGUAAAGGAUUGUACUCUUUGUGAGAGGCCCAGACGUAGUUGUAAGGAACUUAAGUUGCAUGACCAUAUUUUGUUUAGAUUGUAACUUUCGAAAUACUUACUGCAUUUUGCCUCCUUUCAAUAGACUGAAUCCAAAUUGUAGCAUUUCACUACCAAAGAUUAUUGACUAGUUACUUACUACACCCAUCCUUUGUUCUGUAAACAACACAGAAGCUGCUGGAGCGAUAUCAUUAAAGAGACACAUUCAUAACGAACUUACUUGGACAACCACUUAACCGAAUUCAAGUGAUAUAGCACAGAAUGGGCAUGUUCACUAAAUGCAAACUGUACAGUAAAAAUUUAAUCGAUCAAAUCGGUUGCGGGGUAGACAUAGGGAAACUGGGAUAUCUCAGUUCAUUCCCGGUCUGUUCGUUUCUAUCAAGCAGAAAAGCUCAAAGUAAAUUACCACUUUAAAUUAAGGAUACAAGUGGGAAUGACUAUAGACACCAUGCAUUGAAGAAGCAGAGGUCACUUCCUCCCAUUCAAAGUUGAUCCGUCUGGGUCAUUUUUUUUAGACGAAGGCAAGGAUAAGCCUGAUCAAUACUAUUUAGUGGGUGAUCAAAACCAUCCCCUCAUUUACUAAGUGAAUAGGUACAAAAGCACAGUCAAGUGUUUCUUUCUUGCUUUCUCUUAGCGCGCAUUUCGAUCGGGAGUCGUAAAACCAGAGCCAAAGUAAUCAGAAUAAAAGGAAGAUAUCACAAAGAGCCCUUGAGAACCGAAAGUAGAAACAAGCAAGCUGUUUUAGGCGCGGGGAAAUGCGAGUGAACAAUUCGUGAUUAAUUUUAUUUUUGAAUCUGAUUGAUCGAGAAGGUGGAGCAAAAUAACGCGAAACCAAAACAAUCCCGGAUUAGUUCGACUCAAUUAAUAAUUGCUCUAUUGCUCUCUACAGAAGGACCCAUUCCUCAUAGUUUACGUUUCUAGCAUUGUAAGUAAUAUAACAGAAUUAAACGUUUUGAUGCUGAUUUCAGGGAUAAAUUGAAUUUGAAUACAUGUAGAUAUUUCGGGGAGAGGUCUGGAGGGAGGUAAGCUAUAACCUCCUCUCUGUGGAAUUAACCCACUCUAUUCUGUUAAAAGGUUCAUCAGUCCCUUGUUGUUGUUUCGGUGGAUGUACCUUGCUAUUCUCUCAGCAAUGCCCUGGACAUGGUUUGUUGGAUUGCGUAAGCUAGGAUUGACACGAUUGGAGUCGUCUUUGGUUUCCCUUUGCGUGUAUUCCAUAUCUAGUUGGCGAAAGUUUGGACUGGAGUUGGAAGCAUUUCAGUAUUAUGGACUUUUCACACAGACUUACGGAAUGGCUAUAUUUCCAAUGGCAGGUGUGUACUCUCGUCUUAUAGAGCAACUAUCAUUUAGUGUCGAAAUACUAAGCAUGCAUUUCAAAUGAGUUUUGUGGAACCAAAAUCCAAUUGAUCACAGAGGCUAAUCGGCCAAUAAGCUACGAAAGCCGAGAAGGGACUUCAAUUCAGACUUCAGACUUCAGACUUCAGACUUCAGACUUCAGACUUCAGACUUCAGACUUCAGACUUCAGACUUCAGACUUCAGACUUCAGACUUCAGACUUCAGACUUCAGACCUCAGACCUCAGACCUCAGACCUCAGACCUCAGACCUCAGACCUCAGACCUCAGACCUCAGACCUCAGACUUCAGACUCCAGACUUCAGACUUCAGACUUCAGACUUCAAAUUUCAGACUUCAGACUAAGUUUAACGUUAAAUCGUGCGCCCUAAAAUUAAACAUUGCACAUUAUGUUUGGCAGGAUUUGCCUAGCACUUUCUGUUUGUGGGUGUUUUACUGUUCAGAUCCCAAUUUGAACGUGAUUUAUAUUGUAAACGUUUAGUACAUUAGUAGUUUAUUUCUGAGUCUUGUUAAAUCCUUGAUGAAAUCUGUGUGAUCAGACGAAACCAGUCGGAUAAUAAACAAAGUUGACAAGAUCUGUUGCUGUGUGCUGCCCACUAGUUUUUUAUUUAAAAAAUUUUAAAAAAAUUUAUAGAAAAAUUAUUUAAAAAAAUUUCCGGAAGUCGGAAGUCGGAAGUCGGAAGUCGGAAGUCGGAAGUCGGAAGUCGGAAGUCGGAAGUCGGAAGUCGGAAGUCGGAAGUCGAAAGUCUGAAGUCUGAAGUCUGAAGUCUGAAGUCUGAAGUCCCUUCUCGACUUUCGUAGCUCUCGCUCUGAGUAUUCUUCGUCAAACAUUGCGCUCAAUGUUACCCCAUUGACAAGGAUAGACUGAGCUUUUGCGCGAUGCGACCAUCUUACUUGACACGUUGGAACGACUUCCACAGUUCACGCAAGUUUACCUAGAGAUGAAGUUGUGAGAUCUGAGAUUGUAAUCCUAUUAACAUUUGAUUCACAGUUUUCAUAUUCCAAUUUCUAUCGUAUAAAAUUUAUUUUGACUAUAGUUCAAGUGCUUGCUUUUAAUGAGGUCUUGUUUUCCAUUUCAGUUGGGUUUCUGUAUGAGUACAUUAUUUAUGGCCUUGGCUCAAGAAAUACAACAGUGCUACUUGUCGUCCUCAACUUCACUGCGCAUGCGUUCUUCGGUAUCUAUCUUGGCAUAGUGACCGGAGUAACUUUGGUGGUAGAACUCUUUAACAAUCCACUGCCUCUCGCAAAGAAACUGCGGUCACCUUCAAUCUCGCGCGCAUGUUCCGUACACUUUAUAACUGUUGCAUUGUUGUCGUGGUGGAUCAUCCCAGUGUUGGCAAAUUAUGAAUACAUGGGAGGUUUACCUUGGAAGCGUGACAGUGAGAACGGCUACAAGGCUGAAUUUGUUCUAAGAAAGUUAUUCUCAGGCGAAUCUUUUGACCAUGGAAGAAAAUUUCCAUUUAUUACUGUCGGAGUGGUAGCGGGGUUAGCUUGUGUUUGCUUCACAUGGCGAAAGAGUGACAGGAACACACUAUACUAUUGCGCUAAACGGCGAAUGAUUCUUAGUUGGCUCGGUGUGCUGUUCUGUGCGACUUUUUUGCUUUUUUUGGGGAGAACAUUUUCAGGUCCGUUCUUUGACUUGAUUCCAUUUCAUGAAGAAAUAGAAGCCACUCGCUAUUUGAAUGGCAUUCAUUUCUGUGGACUACUAUUGAUGGGCGUUUCAUUUUCAUGUUUCCUUCGUUUCUUUUGUGCUACCUUGUGUAGAGUUUCGAAAGGGUUUUUCAAAUGUCGCGUCGUCUUAAUUGCGACGAUGCUGGUCAUAACACCGGUUUUCCUCAGCUCUCGACUACAGAAAAUUAAUAACCUUCUGUCGGUGACCGAAAUCCAGGAUCUACCUGAAAGUCUAAAUGAGUUGAAAUCUCAUCCAAGCGAUGCACGGAUUCUGGCAAAAAAAGUGUUGGGUGAGUAAAUGUUUAGUAUUCUGUUUUAGUCCGUAGUUUUGCGGCUUGCCUCCUUUUCCUUGCGACGUUUUCCUUGCGUCCCAUCCAGUGCACAAUAAUUCCCGCCCAGUGCAUGAUGAACUCUUGGAAACCGGAAUAAUUUUCGUUUUUCCACAGGUACUGGUGAUCCUUUGACUUUAGCUCUUCUACCUCACUAUAGCAGAAAGCCCGGUGAGUCCUCAAAUUCAAAUGAAUGGCAGCCAAGGAUCGAUUAUAAGACUAAACAAAUUUGAAAAUAGUAUAUAUGAAUUUAUUAAUAAAUUUUGGAGUGAGUAAUCAGCGCGGAACAUUCGUGGAUUUCGACGCAAACGACAGCAUACCCCUGCCCCGUCAAACAACCACGUGCACUUUGUAUCAAUACCUUGGAACGAAGGGUAAAGUUAGGAAACCGAUUCGAUGAACAUAAAAUUACUUCGUAUUUAUCUACAUUCGAAAUUUAAGAGGGAUCUUUGCAGGUCUUCAGACCGAGAGAUCUGGGUUCAAGUUCCAACCGGGUUAUCAAUGUUGCCUCUAAAGGUAAUAACACUCUCCACGAAGGAACGUAGGUAGGCAUCAGUGAGUUAUCCAGUAAGGAUAGUGGGGAUCUGGCUAAAAAAAAUAAUAAUUUCGUCUUGCAAUUCUCUUAUUUGUUUCGUUUUACGGAAUUGGGAAAUGCCCCAGGUCGUGCAUGAGGAAAAAAUUUAAUCUUGAAUUUGACAAUUGACGUUAUGUUUCUAACUGUGUCCGUUCUGCUAUAUAGGAAUUCUCACCUAUUCCAGAGGCUAUCACGAUUCAUUGUCCCUCUACUAUUUGGAGGUAUUUCAAUUCAGUCUCGAGACAAUACCUUGGUCUCCUGAUUUGUUACGUCUCUACAACAUUCGUUUUCUCGCCACAUCCGGGAUCGCGUUACCUCCGCACUUCCUGAAGGCUUGUCAGCUAAGGCACCUGGCCUUCGUAGGAGACAUCGAAGUUUUCGUCAGAACAUUCCAAGAGAACUAUGGAUAUUUUGAGUUUGUUCAUGUACCCGGCGCUGUUGUGGGUGAUUUAAAAGGCAUGCGCAAGGCUGUGUCAAUAUCCACCCAGCUUUUCACAAAGAGAGCUGUAUUCGCCGUGAAUCCUCUCAGCGCAUUCAACAAUCCAUCCUUCAAAAUUGUUGUUUCCAAUAAAAAUUCAGGGGGAAACUUACUCAGUUUUCUCGCUGCAGAGGAGUUUGAGAUAAAGUGGUUUGUUACCAAUAGGCAAGUAAAAGAAAAAGCUUUCUUAGAGGAUGCAAAGUUUGGGCUCCACCCCGGAGGUGUUUCCUCACGAGUUAUGCAAGAGGAAGUAGGAAGGAACUUUUAUAAAGCUUAUGUCCAUGUAGUUGACCGAGCAUGGAGUGAGGUAUGUUUUUUCCGUUUAAGUAUUGAGGCAUACCAUAAAUUCCUGAUUAGAUCAUCCUUCGAAUAAGCUUCCCCUUGCUAUAAGCCCUUCUCACAUCAGCCAAAAUUCGAAAAUAAGCCGCUGCUUCCCCCGGCACUAUGGUGAUCUGGGUCACUAUUGGGUUCAUAUCCUUUUAUCCUCUGUUGUUUCAUAUAUGACACACGUCCCACAUACUGCUAGCUUCUGCAACGUUAAUUGAAAGCUUCGUGCGAGUGACGAGAAUAAGAUGGAUAGCGAAAAACACAUUUUCUAAAACAUGGCACUCCCUUGAAAAAGCUACCGAAGUUUCAUGAUCCUAAAUCUAAAAUAAACUCCGCGGACUUAUAUUUAUAAGUUAGUUGCAAACAGACUGGAAUUAAACAAUGGAAACUAAAUCAUAAUGUGAUUAUAAAAGAUUGUGGUCCUGGGCAUUAAACUAAGCAUCCUCAAGUUAUUUCACUCUUUGUUUUCACAGAAUUUCUACAAGACAGAGCACCUUCUUCUCAAAGUGACUUAUCACCCUUACUGGAAAUGCGUCUUCCAAUCAUUAGCGGACGCAACUGACAGUACACGUGACUGGCUCGAGGUUCCCGUGCAUCACGUGACACCCAACCUGAUGAGUGUAGUUUUACCUCCUGGGAAACAUCACGUGAUCUGUCAAUACAAGAAUCCCAUUUAUCAGAAAGUCGGUUUCAUUUUGUUUUUAGUGAUAUAUAUUACUUUAUUUUUAAAAGAGGUCAAAUUCUUUUUUUGUUUUUUUUGA